GCUUGCUUUGUUUGCUUUUUUCUCUUUAAUUGUCACUCCUUCAGCCGUGUCGUGUUGCUCCACCAGCCGAGUCCUUAUUCCUUGCUGCCCGUGGCCCCCUUGUCGCCUCGAGUGCUUCGAACUGCCCCUUCAUUCUUCAGCCUGGUCGAGACGCUCGUUUCUCCCUCCCUCUCUCUCUCUCCCUUUCACUCGCUCACUCGCUCACUCGUUCACCCGCUCGCUUCUUGUCUUGUAUGUGUGUCUCUCGCUGCCUACAUUCCCCGCGCGACACCCCCUGAUCUCCGAGCCUGCGAAAAUCGACCCGCCCUCAUGUCGGACAAGAUCUCGAUCACCAUCUGCGGGGAUGGUGGAUGUGGUAAAUCUUCGAUUACUCUUCGGUUGGUCCGCAGUCAAUGGAUACACGAAUAUGAUCCUACAAUCGAGGACUCUUAUUCCGUAACCCGGACGAUUGACGGACUCCCAUACUUUCUUUCCAUUACCGACACUGCUGGCCAGGAGGAAUACCGGGGACUAUGGGCUGCUUCGAAUCUGAAGUCAGAUGCUUUUCUACUCGUGUACGACAUCACCAGCGCAGACAGCCUGACUGCGCUGGACUACUUUGUCGACAUGAUCGGGCUCGAGGCCGAGCAGCGACUGGAGGAUAACAGCCGUCUGCGCAAACAGCUCGGGGCCAGCGCCAAGGGCGUUGAUGUCGGGAUGCCGCCCCCGGUCAAGAUCGUGGCAGGCAACAAAUGUGAUUUGAAAGAUGCUCGUGUCAUCUCCGCGCGGGAAGGACUCGAAUAUGCGCGCAAGAAUGGCUGUGGCUUCAUGGAGACGAGCGCCAGAGAAAUGGUCAAUAUCGAAGAAACAUUUGCCUUGCUUGUUCGUCGCGUCGUCGAGGCCCGCCGCGAAUAUUACGACCAAUCUCCAUCCGGGAAUAAUGCGCGCAAGACCGGAUCUACCGGGGUGCAGACGACGGGGCUCGCCGUGGAGGAAAAAUCGGCCAAGGAGGCCAACGCACGCCAAAGCCGGUUCCUCGGUCUGGGCAAGGGUCUACUCAAGCGCGCCAGCCGGGUCAGUACCACCACAGCAGAAGACUCGGCAGUCUUCAACUCGGCAGAAGACGAGCCCAAGGAAAAGCAGAAGCAGCCUGCAGGAGGCACGCAGGCGCAGGCGCCGCCGUCGCCGCACGAGAGGGAUGCCGGGCCCUCAGCACGGACAAGCGUGUGGAAACGACUUAUCUGUUGGUGAGGCCGGGAUUCAUGCAGAGAAGUAGACACGACCGGUUUUCCUCUUUUCCUUCUGUCUUGUCUUGUCAUUCAAUGCUUCCAUAUACCCCUUAUGUGCCUCUUACCUGUUUUCCUUCUGUACAGUAAUGUUGAUGCUUUCUCUCUCUCUCUCUCUCUCUCUUAUGUGUUAUACUACACCUUCCUUACUGUUCCUUCCUCUACAUACUGUCCUUCUCUUGAGUGUUAAUGAAUUCAAUUAGUAGCCUAGGAUAAGUUUCGUAUCUUUCAGUCUUGCCAAAGCUACGGUACUCCGUUUACACUCAACUACAGCCACCAGCCUUAUCACGGCC